AUGUAUGUAAGUCUUGAUCAAGCGCAGAAAGAGUUCCAAAAUUUGAUUUAUCGAGUAGAGCCUAAAAAGGUGGCUGAAUUCCUUGAUUGGGUUUCUCAAAGCUUUGUUGUUUCGAAUAGCAGUUAUGAGAGUGGCAGUACUGAAUUUGAUGAUAGCGGCCCUUUAUCAGAUUCUGAUACUUUGAUGCGACAAAUAGCCAUGGAUAUCAGGAACGAAUUGCCCGUAACUGCCGAACUACCCUCAGAAGCACUGUUUCUGCAGCAAGCUGGAUAUGAUAGUGAUACCACAGUGCAUGUUGAUGCGUUUUUGUACGAUGACGAAGAUGUAGAUGUUUUGGUGGACGAUGGUACUCUUAGUCGAGAUUACUGCGCUCAGUGUGGUUCGAGAAAAAUUUUGCCUUUAACAUUCAUUUCACACUCACUAAGUAUUGACCAGCUUCGGUAUGCAUUCACGAUAUUAGUCCCUCUAAAUAAGGAGAUGAAAGAUAUUCUGGUUGUUGAUGUUGGUUCGAGACUAGGUGCAGUGUUGUACGCUGUUUAUAGCUAUGGUAAAGGGCUUGUGAAUGCAAUCGGUAUUGAAAUGAAUAAGCAAUUUUGUGAUCUACAACAGAAAAUGAUAGAAAUGAAUGGCAUGAGUAACAAUAUAAAAGUUAUCCACGAUGAUGUAAGGCAACAGAAGCAAGUGGUCAGUUCUGCUGAUGUUGUUGUGCUAAACAACGUAUUUUCUUUCUUUCUUUCAACAUCGGACCAGGUAGAUUGCUGGGAAUUUUUACGCAAGACGAUACGUCCAGGUGCUGCUAUUAUAUCGUGUCCGGAUAUUGUGACAGUGACCAAUAAAUUAGUUCUUUCAUUUCACAUAUCCGAUUGGGUUGAAAAAAUUGAAACCGGUCAUUUGGCUGCUCGGUAUGCAGGUGUUAAUGCGGAUUUAUUUGAGGACUGUGAGAAAUUAAUGCUUUACAGAGUAAAGAGUUGA